UGGAACAUCCUUCAAGAAUCGUUUGCCACUAAUGGUAUUAUACGCAUUAUGAGGAGGAGGAGGAUGAAGAGGAGGAUCAUUUGGAAACUCUACAUUGGAUCCUUCACUGCCGGGGCAACAGCAUCAAGUGACCUUCUGAAGUCGGAGUGCCGGAGACGGAGUUCAUCAUGCUGUACUUUCAGAUGGUAAUUCUAGCAGCUGCAGUAAUGCUGGUUUACUACUGUGAAUUCACGGACACUUUCAGUCCCGCACACCAGGGCUUCGCCUGCAGGGACCCGACUCUAACUAAACCAGAUCCUGGACCUGAACAGAGCAGCCGCGUACAGCCGGUAAUACUGUACUCCGUGGUGGGUGGACUGCCUGUGGUUCUGAUUUCAGGUGUUGAGCUUCUUAUCUUCCUCCUUCACUACAACUCAAACAACCUGUAUGACCAGGAGAAGGUGGUCGUCAUGGGGGACUGUUGCUACGUGAACCCUAUGGUGCGCAGGACCUUCCGUUUCCUUGCUGUGUAUGUCUUCGGCCUGUUCACAACAGACAUCUUUGUCAACGCAUGUCAGCUGGUCACAGGAUGUCUGGCCCCUCACUUCCUGUCCGUCUGCCGGCCCAAUUACACUGCCCUCGGUUGCCUGGACACACAGCACUUUGUCAGCCAAUCAGAUGUUUGCACUGGUGACCCUGAUGACAUCACAAGAGCCAGGAAGACCUUUCCAUCCAAAGAGGCCGCGCUGAGUCUGUAUACAGCUGUUUACCUGGCAAUGUACGUCACUUCCUGUAUCGGUUCCAGAGGAGGCCGCCUGACUGGCCCGCUUCUCAGCCUCUCAUUGGUCGGUCUGGCUUUGCUGACAGGCAUCAACCGAGUGGCCGAGUAUCGAAACCACUGGAGUGACGUCGUUGUUGGACAAACCAUCGGGGGAGCUAUCGCCGUCUUUCUGGUGGUGUUUGUGGUUGAGUAUUUUAAAAAGAGACCGGUGAUUUCUCAGAGUCCCUCGGAUGAAGGCACGGCUGACACGGAUCAACCUCAAACUGAUCACCUGAUGGAAACCAGUGACAUGUACAUCCCCACACAGAGCCCAGGAUCCUGCACCGAAGUCACAUGACUAUGACCCCCAGCUGCCUCUUGCAGCAUUUGUAAAUGAAUCGUUCAUUAUCACCUUAGUCUCAGGCCAUUAUCACGACAAGUCCACAUUUUUCUAAUGCUGUUUUUUAGUUUGUCAUAAUAUUAAUUUGUAUGCACAGAAACAUUGCAAACUAAAGCUUUUUGAAUUUAAAUCAUUUUGUUGCAAAAAUCGGUUUGUGCCUAAACUGAACUACUAGACGAUAAGACAUUUAAUUAUUAAUGUAUAAUAUAAGAGCUGCUGUCGCUUUGACCGUAAUUCCUUUCAUUAUCCCGAGGUAUGUGAUAUAUUGAUGCUACAAACGAUGGUACAUGCAGCACCUUCACCCAGAGGAAAGAAACUACGGACAUACUUUGUGUAAGGUCAGUGCGCCAUGAAUUUAUGUUCUACAUGUUAGGACAUGGUAGUUAUCCAUACGUUUUAAUCUGUUUGAAUAGAAACUGUGAGGAAUAAUCUACUUGCAUAUGUGUUACAUAGUUAGUUGUCAUAGUGACUCAAGGCAGCAGAGUACUUUGUUCCAACAGCUGAACAAGUCCAGCUUGGGAACAAUCACCUCGAGGUGCUCAUCCAACUGCUUAAGUUCCAGUGUUGUUGGUGUUAUAGAUUUAUAGAUUUCUUUCAGUCAGUUCUUUCAAUUAAGUUAAGUUAAGAAAAAAAAAAUUCCCCUAAGAUGACUUCAGGUGUGUUCCUUUUAACCUUUGUUUGAUGUGACUUUUUCUGUUCAGAUCCAAUCUAUGAGGGUUGUGUCAUGUUUCAAAGUAUCGUGUUUUGUAUCACAGGCAAACAAAGAGAUUAUUCCUUUUAAAUUCUCUCACUGCUUUGUGUUCCCGUGCGACCCGUCCUUCUAUAUCUUGUUCUGUGUAUGUAAACAGGCAGAAUUUAACUUUAAAAAUGGAUAUCUCACAUGGUACUACACUAUGAUGCCAUGAUAUAGCGGCUGUAUCACAGUAACGGAGGACCUUAUUGGCUCAGGGUGCCUUGUAGCUGUCAUGAAGGAUUUAUGCAAGAGAUUUGUUGUGAAUAUUUGAUUGAUUUCUUUAAAUGUGGUUAUAGUAAAUAAAUAGAUACAUGAUGUUUCAGUCAUUUACUUAACACAGAUAACGUUUGAAAUUAGUGUGAAAGGACGCUUCCAAUCAUUUAAAAAAAUAACAAUGAUAAGAAUACAAAUUGGCUAUUAAGCAUGACCCAAUAUAAAAGAUAUCAUCCCAACAACAUGAAAAAAAUCUAAAAAUAUUCAGCGGCCCGUUUAUUUAAAAAAAAAAAUCAGGAUAUUUUCUAAAUGCAUUAUUUAUUCAUACCAAAAGAUUUUUUUCCGGUUAUUCCAAUAAUGUUAUUUUUUGCUCUAUUCUUACUUGAACACUUCAACUUGUAAUGAGCCGGUUAGCAUUUGUUUUGACAUCGACAAUCAAACCAAGGUAUGGUGUAUGGAAUGUAAUCUCAGAUCCAGUCCGUCCAUCGGCCCCUGAUGACCUCAUUCCUCCACCCUCACCCGCAGCCUCGCCUUCUGGGCUUAUACUGCUUGUGUUUUUUUGCUAGCUAUUUUUUCCCAUUAUUCUAACUUGACUGUUCAGAUAUUUUGAAUUGGUUUGCUAGACAGUCUGAUGACCUGGGGUGAUGCUUUGUUUGUCUGGAUAUUGAAAAGUAAACCUCUUCAACCUGAA